GAGGUGAUUUUAGAGGUGAGUGUUUAUAGUGGUAACAGCGCCGCUAGCCGGUAGUUCGGUAUCACCGCUUCCCUUCCGCAGUUUCUCCUCAGUACACGAUGGCCGCCGCCUUGAGGGGAAGCCUUGUAUCAUUGGCCAAGGGCCUGAGUGGUGCCAGGUUACAGCCGCUCUGUGUCCGCUCGCUGAGCCUGACCUCCAGUCGUAAUGCCUUGGAAUCUCCUCCAGCGCGAGCUGACAGCACCUUCAAGGUCACCAUGGUACCAGGUGAUGGGGUUGGACCUGAGCUCAUGACUGCUGUCAAAGAGGUUUUUAAGGCUGGUGAUGUUCCUGUGGAGUUUGAGGAAUUUCAUCUGAGCGAGGUGCAAAACAUGGCCAGUGAGGAGAAACUGAAUGAGGUCCUUGGCUCCAUGAAAAACAACAGGGUUGCCAUUAAGGGAAAGAUCCAUACUCCAAUGGAGUACAAGGGAGAACUGGCAUCCUAUGAGAUGAGGCUGAGGAGAAAACUGGACCUUUUUGCCAACGUGGUGCAUGUGAACAGCCUGCCUGGUUACAGCACACGCCACAAUAAUCUGGACUUGGUCAUUAUUCGUGAACAGACGGAGGGGGAAUACAGUUCACUGGAGCAUGAGAGUGUGGCAGGAGUAGUGGAGUGCCUGAAGAUCAUUACCAGGGAAAAAUCCCGCCGCAUCGCCAAGUUUGCCUUCGACUACGCCACCAAAAAGGGCCGCAGCAAAGUUACAGCCGUACACAAAGCCAACAUCAUGAAACUGGGCGAUGGACUUUUUCUGCAGAGCUGUGCAGAGGUUGCUGAACUUUAUCCCAAAAUCAAAUACGAGAACAUCAUCAUUGAUAACUGCUGUAUGCAGCUGGUCCAGAACCCGUACCAGUUUGACGUUCUGGUGAUGCCCAACCUUUAUGGCAACAUCAUCGAUAAUCUAGCAGCUGGUCUGGUUGGUGGAGCCGGUGUGGUACCUGGAGAGAGCUACAGUGCGGAAUAUGCUGUGUUUGAGACGGGGGCCAGGCAUCCAUUUGCUCAGGCUGUAGGAAGAAACAUCGCUAAUCCCACCGCUAUGCUUCUUAGUGCUGCGAACAUGCUUCGCCAUCUCAAUCUGGAGUAUCAUUCCAACAUGGUGUCUGAAGCAGUGAAGAGAGUCAUAAAACAGGGCAAGGUGCGGACGCGAGACCUUGGUGGUUACAGCACUACUGGUGACUUUGUCCGUGCUGUUGUGGCCAAUUUGCGUCAUCGGCCUGUUUACUGAGGAUCCCCUGUGUGACACCCAUCUCAUCCCUCCCCAUCUCUGUGCUUUGCCCAGGCACCGCCCUCUCUUUCUUUUCUUUUUCCCAAACAGGCUGUUUACUUUAGCCUUUUCCGAUCGGGGCUGAAUUCACAAACGCAAAAAACGAAAGCAAAUCUAAGUGUAUUUGUUUACACUGCUUUGCUGCCCAUGCUGUCUCAAACAUUAGUGGUCAUGUUUGGCUUUACAUUUUUUCAGUAGGAUUCACAGCUUCGGUAAAGUUUAUAACUCCAAUACACAUCAAACGCCAGUAGCACUGCAGUUUCUGUUAUGCUAGCCUCUUUUCACUGUAUUAUUAUCUUUCUGUAAUUUUACUGUAGGUGAGUUAUUCAGCCUGCUAACUGCCAAAUAAGCUCCUCAUCUUUGGAGCUUCACUCACAUUGCCUUGGCCUAAACCUCUUAACACUAAAUCUCAGUGUGUAUCACUGUACUCUGACAUGUUAGCGUGCUAAUCUCUAGAAUAUCUUGUCAGAUUAUUAGAGCUGGAUGCAGUUAAGGUAUGCUAUGUUCUAUUUUUCUUAUAUUUUGGAGCUGGGAAUGGCUUCCCACUUAAGUUGACUGUAUUCCAAUUAAACAUUCUGAUAAAUCACUUUAGCAUACUGAUUUAGUGAACAAAAAAAAGAUGAAAGUGAUAGACAGUAUACUAGUACUGAUUUUACUACUGCUGAUGUUUAACACAUGAGCCAGUUGGAUUUUGAAUUUGGGCUUGGUAAGGCUUUCCUGAUUUUAUGAUUUGUGGGGCCUUUCAGUUCAAAUUACUUGGAACUUGGAGGUUCCAGCAUCCCAAUUUAAAUAAUUUGCAGCAUUAUAUCAUGCCACUGUCCCAGCCAUUAUAAAAAGUAGUUUUAUAUUACAAUGUUUGAUGCUCUACCAUGGCAAGCAUAUGACAUGACAAAAUUAUAUUUCAUACAUCUAUUUCACAUGCCCAACUCUCAAGGCAACACAAACCGCUAACCGCUAACGUCAGCUUUGCCAUUAAAGUUGUUUUUGAAACAUGUUUAGACAACAGCAAAUGGCUCUCCUAGAAAUCUUUGUCUUAAAGUCUUAUAUUUGUGUUCUGUGAAUCCAGCUCCUCUUUUUAUUUAGCUUUUUCCUAAUUUUUCUUUUGUUUGCUUCUUCGAGUCACUUUCCCUCACUCUGGCCUUUGCUCUGCGCACAGAUUUCUUCUAGUUUCUGUCUUGAUCUUCUGGCUUCCAUCUAUUGCUCUCUGCAGUGCUCUUUCUAUUCUACUCUGUUCCUUGGCUUAUACCUCUACAAAAAAAAAAUCACUUUAUAACUAUUUAAAAGGCCCUGUGCCAUCUGGCCCUGUGUGGCUGGGUUUUUUCUUAAAAACUGGUCUCUGAUAUCAUACUUCUGCUGCUGCUGGUGAUUGUCUUCCACUGUUAUGACCGAAGGUUUAAGGACACCUGCUCAUCCGACAGUUCUUUUGACCCAUUCACGCCGUCCAUCAUCUCUGCUUUGCUUGUUUUUUCUUUACUUGAUGUUGAAGAAGAUUUCAUUGCAUUUCUCCCCACGCAAACAUCAGUGAAGUCAGAUACUUACAUUGGAUGAUGAGUUCUGUCACUCCAGCUUAUCUUGAAGAUAUUGAAGGGAGCAUCAUCUGCAUCACUUCGGACAGCACAGCUCCACAGCUUUUCAGCCUAAUGCUGGAGGCUCUGCAUUUUUUAUCUUCCACUCUUUGGCUAAAUGUUGGACACCUACUCACCCCCCAAAAAACAUCAGAUGUUGGAUUUGAUUGCAUUCAUCCCCACAAACCACAAGUUCUGAUGUUUGAUGAUCAAUUCUGCAACUCUUCCCAAAACUCCAUCUGUAUCACUCUUCUGUUAUCUCUCAUCUUAAGAUUGUGCAGUUUCCACUAGCAGUAUUUAGAGAUGUCACUGUCUGAUUACCUGAGAAGACAGUGUUUCUGGACCCAUUUGUGAUUGGAUCCCCUGGCCUAGUGAUUAGGCCAAGCCUGCAGGUCCUCCACAUUUCACUUAUCUGAUUCACCUCAAAGAACACAAAUGGCUUGGUCAUCAAAAACUAAAAUGAGUCCGCCUAUAAACCGUUAAAGACUUUUAUUAUCAGUGACUGUGAUAAAUGUACAUUUGAUUUUUGACUUGUUUUUCAUUAUGUUCAGUUUGUUUUCAGUGGUUCUUGGAUUGUGCACUGUAAAUUAAUUCAGUCUAUAACUGACCUGAUUUUUCCUAACAGCCAUGAUGUCAGACCAGAUAAUAAAUAUUAAAUGAAA